AUGAGGAGAACUAAGAGACCAGCUCCUACAGCUCCUCCUACUAAGAUGACUGUAGAGUCCGUAGAUCCUGAAGAAGGGUUCUUACUGUCUGGAUCGGGAUCUUGCUUUUUGGUCGGUAGAGGGGAUGAGGUCUGGGGUGCAGGUGGGGUAGGCUGUCGGUCUGGUCGUUCUCUCGGUACGGGGUCAGUGCUGCUGAUUGCAGGGUAUCUGGUUUUAUUUACAGACUAUGGAAAUACUGAAGUAGUGUCCUUGAGCAAUAUCCGCUCACUGGUUGGGAAAUUUCAAAAAGAUCCACCCUUCGCUAUCCAGUGCCAUCUGUCGGAGGUCAUGCCAGGGGCCGAUAAAUGGACUAAGACGGCCUGCGAGUUCCUGGCCGACACGCUGUCGGAUUUGGAGUGCGUCAUUGUCAAAAAGGGUGAACUCUUCAACGGGUCACUGCCAAUAGAUCUAUUGUACGAGCGUUCAAUCGAAGAGAAGAUCCAAGAGGAGUCCGUUGACGAUUUCGGGAGCAUCUCCAAAUUACUCAUUCUUAGGGGACACGCUCUUCCAGCCAAACCAGCCCCAUCCAAGUCCGUCACAAACUCAGCAGAGACACAGAGCCCUCAAUCUCACCCAGCGGAGAGUGAUGCUCCACUUGGACUCGAAACCCAAGAAAACCCUGCAGAGAAAACCCACCAAAGUUUCACUAAAGAAACAAACACUGCAGCAUCUUCAAUCAUCGCGGCCGACAAGGAUGGUGUGGUCCUAACUGAUGAUGAUGAAGUACCGAGGUAUCUUGCCAGACCGUUACCAACCAGCGGCCGGCUGGACAUCGUCAUAACUUUUGUCAGUAACGACGGGAUCAUUUCUGGUCUGGAGGCUAGCGAAGUGAGUACAUUCCGUAGUGUGAUGGAGCAACUUGAAGUUGCCAACGCUGUCAAACAGACCCCACCAACGCCUGAGAGUUUAAGACCAGGACAGGCUGUGUGUGCACGCUACCAAGAAGAUGGGUUGUGGUAUAGGGCUACCAUCAUCAGAGUAAACCAAGAUACUGCAACGGUUCGUUAUGUAGACUUUGGUAACACUGAGGAGGUAGCCGUUAACAGUAUCCACACCAAGCCUUUCAUGAUAGACAUGCCACAGCAGAGUAGAGAUUGCGUUCUCAUCGGUCUACGACCGAAAGCCCCUCAGAAAUCCUGGCCGACUUCAACUAUCGUAUGUCUCCUCAACAACCUACUGGAGAAGCCAUGCACUGCAUUGAUAAAGUCUCUCUGCAGUGAGCGUGACCCAUUGAAAGUUGACCUCCUCCUACCGAAUGGUCAGAGCAUCUCCAGCCUACUACUCAGCCAGGGCCUCGCGGAAACGGAUGACCUCAACGAGAUGGACUCACACAACCCUCGCAAAGAUGAUGAUGACGUUACCAUGACAACCACCAAUCAGCUGAUUGAACAUAGCAGCAGCGGUUGUAUGGCGGGACCGGAUGUCAAAUACCAACCGAUGAUGUUGCCUGGAGUAGGGGUGGACUUUGCUGUGUCGGUGACGCAUAUCGACCAACCGGACUUGAUGUUUAUUUGUCCCUGGGCGGAGGAACCACACCUGAAGGACGCCACCCAGGCGGAGAUGUACCGACAGCUUGUCAAACUCCAGAGUAUCUGCGAAGGUCUGAAUGAGAUGGCGUCAAGCCUACCGGGUGUGAUUGAACCCAAACCAGGGCUGUGCUGUUGUUCCCUGUACCAAGUCAACCAACAGUGGUAUCGUACCGUCGUCAGUCAACUCAUUUCAUCGUUAUUAAAUGAGUUUACAGUUUAUUGA